AUGCCAACUGUCAUUAGCCCAUCUGUGGCCCCACGGACGGGGGCUGAGCCCAGGUCCCCGGGGCCGAUUCCCCCGCCAGGCGAAGGUAAGACCACGGAGGCCGGGGGCACAAACCCAAGUGGCAUCUAUUCGGCCAUCAUCAGCCGCAAUUUCCCCAUUAUUGGAGUUAAAGAGAAGACAUUUGAGCAGCUUCACAAGAAAUGUCUGGAAAAGAAGGUUCUUUAUCUGGAUCCUGAGUUUCCACCCGAUGAGACCUCUCUCUUUUAUAGCCAGAAAUUCCCCAUCCAGUUCAUCUGGAAGAGACCUCCGGAAAUUUGUGAGAAUCCACGAUUUAUCAUUGGUGGAGCCAACAGAACUGACAUCUGUCAAGGAGAUCUAGGGGACUGCUGGUUUCUCGCAGCUAUUGCUUGCCUGACCCUGAAUGAGCGCCUGCUUUUCCGAGUCAUACCGCAUGAUCAGAGUUUCACCGAGAACUACGCAGGGAUCUUCCACUUCCAGUUCUGGCGCUACGGAGACUGGGUGGAUGUGGUUAUUGAUGACUGCCUGCCAACUUACAACAACCAACUGGUUUUCACCAAAUCCAACCACCGCAAUGAAUUCUGGAGUGCUCUGCUGGAGAAAGCUUAUGCUAAGCUUCACGGUUCCUAUGAGGCUCUGAAAGGUGGGAACACUACGGAGGCCAUGGAGGACUUCACAGGAGGGGUGACCGAGUUUUUUGAGAUCAAGGAUGCUCCCAGAGACAUGUACAAGAUCAUGAAGAAAGCCAUCGAGAGAGGCUCCCUCAUGGGCUGCUCCAUUGAUGAUGGCACAAACAUGACCUAUGGAACCUCUCCUUCUGGACUGAAAAUGGGGGAGUUGAUUGCACGGAUGGUGAGGAAUAUGGAUAACUCACAGCUCAGGGACUCAGACCUCCUCCCCAGAGGCUCAGAGGACAGACCGACCCGGACGAUUGUUCCGGUUCAGUAUGAAACAAGAAUGGCGUGUGGGCUAGUCAAGGGCCAUGCCUACUCGGUCACUGGGCUGGAGGAGGCCCUGUUCAAGGGGGAGAAAGUGAAGCUGGUGCGGCUCCGGAACCCAUGGGGCCAGGUGGAGUGGAACGGCUCGUGGAGUGAUGGCUGGAAGGACUGGAGCUUUGUGGACAAAGACGAGAAGGCCCGUCUGCAGCACCAGGUCACUGAGGAUGGAGAGUUCUGGAUGUCCUAUGACGAUUUCAUCUACCAUUUCACAAAGCUGGAGAUCUGCAACCUCACGGCUGAUGCCCUGGAGUCCGACAAGUUGCAGACCUGGACAGUGUCUGUGAACGAGGGCCGCUGGGUGAGGGGCUGCUCUGCCGGAGGCUGCCGCAACUUCCCAGACACUUUCUGGACCAACCCACAGUACCGUCUGAAGCUCCUGGAGGAGGACGAUGACCCCGACGACUCGGAGGUGAUCUGCAGCUUCCUGGUGGCCCUGAUGCAGAAGAACCGGCGGAAGGACCGGAAGCUGGGGGCCAACCUCUUCACUAUUGGCUUUGCCAUCUACGAGGUCCCCAAAGAGAUGCACGGGAAUAAGCAGCACCUGCAGAAGGAUUUCUUCCUGUACAAUGCCUCCAAGGCCAGGAGCAAGACCUACAUUAACAUGCGAGAGGUGUCCGAGCGCUUCCGCCUGCCUCCCAGCGAGUACGUCAUCGUGCCCUCCACCUAUGAGCCCCACCAGGAGGGAGAAUUCAUCCUCCGGGUCUUCUCUGAAAAGAGGAACCUCUCAGAGGAAGUUGAAAAUAUCAUCUCUGUGGACCGGCCAGUGAAAAAGAAAAAAACCAAGCCCAUCAUCUUCGUUUCGGACAGAGCAAACAGCAACAAGGAACUGGGUGUGGACCAGGAAUCAGAGGAGGGCAAAGACAAAACGAGCCCUGAUAAGCAAGAGAAAUCCCCACAGCCCCGGCAUGGCAACACUGACCAAGAGAGUGAGGAGCAGCUGCAAUUCCGGAACAUUUUCAGGCAGAUAGCAGGCGAUGACAUGGAGGUCUGUGCAGAUGAGCUCAAGAAUAUCCUUAACACAGUGGUGAACAAACAUAAGGACCUGAAGACACAAGGGUUCACGCUGGAGUCCUGCCGUAGCAUGAUUGCUCUCAUGGAUACAGACGGCUCUGGGAGGCUGAACUUGCAAGAGUUCCAUCACCUCUGGAAGAAGAUUAAAGCCUGGCAGAAAAUUUUCAAAAAUUAUGACACAGACCAUUCCGGCACCAUCAACAGCUAUGAGAUGCGAAACGCAGUCAAUGAUGCAGGCUUCCACCUCAACAGCCAGCUCUACGACAUCAUUACCAUGCGCUAUGCAGACAAGCACAUGAACAUCGACUUCGACAGCUUCAUCUGCUGCUUCGUCAGGCUGGAGGGCAUGUUCAGAGCUUUUAAUGCAUUUGACAAGGAUGGAGAUGGUAUCAUCAAACUCAACGUUCUAGAGUGGCUGCAGCUCACCAUGUAUGCCUGAACCGAGCUGGCCUCGUCCAAGGCCGUACAGAUCACUCAGGAUUGCCAUUUCAUCCAAUAUAUCUAGAGCCACUUACCUCAAAGGACACAGUAGCUGUGCCCCGCCCUGCCCCCAGCAAGCCUCCAUGUGCCUCAUCGGUCUUAUUCCUCCUCUACUUCGCUCCCCACUCGGCCUCAGGGCAUCUGUCCAUCUGUCACACCCACAUCGACCCUUCAGU